GUCUCUCUAUCUUGAGAACUUUGACUAUGUUAAAGUUUGAAUGUUUGUUGAGGAAGCAUGUACUACCUUUGGUUGGAGGUGCAGAUUUGCAACUGAUAAUUAAUGAUAGCUCUGCUGAAGUGGAUUCUAAGUCAUCAGAUUUUUGGGUGUUGGUGGCAGCUCUGAAGGAAUUCAUUGCAAAUGAACGUGGUGGGGAGAUACCCCUUGAAGGAUCAAUACCAGAUAUGACAUCUUCUACUGAGCAGUAUGUGAAUUUGCAGAAUAUCUAUCAAGCCAAGGCUGAAGCUGAUUUUGUUGCAAUUGAACGACGGGUGAGAAGUAUUUUAAAAAAAAUUGGAAGAGAUUCAAAUAGCAUACCAAGGACAACAAUCAAAAGCUUCUGUAAAAACGCCAGAAAGCUCAAAAUUUGCAGGUUUCGCCUGAUUGAAGAUGAGUUUAAUUCUCCAAACCUACCUGAAUUACAAAAGUAUCUAACUGAUGAGGAUUACAGCACUGCUGUUGGAAUUUAUAUUUUGCUGCGAGCUGUUGACCGUUUUGCUGCUAACUAUAACAGUUUUCCUGGGCAGUAUGACAGUGCUAUGGAUGAGGACAUACCUCGACUGAAGAGUACAGCUAGUGGCCUGCUCAAUGACUUGGGAUGCAAUGGUGCCACUUUGGCAGAGGACCUUGUAAAUGAGAUGUGCCGAUUUGGUGCUUCAGAGCUCCAUGCUGUUGCUGCUUUGGUUGGAGGAAUAGCAUCGCAAGAAGUAAUCAAGCUAAUAACAAGGCAAUUUGUACCUAUGUCUGGCACCUUCAUCUUCAAUGGCAUUGAUCACAAGUCACAGCUGCUGUUACUGUAAUUUAUUGUACAAUGAUUUCUGGGGUCCAAUGAAGUGGCAUUCGCCUUUAACUGUGGUUUCCUCGCUUCUGGUAUAGUGGUGCGCCUUUGAGGCAUUUGUGCAUUUGUUAGUUGGAACGCGUUUAUUCUUGUUUGAUAUGAAAGUUUUGUAACUUGUUACGGACAUGGAUCUCAGACGGAAACAAAAGUCGAGGAAGAGGGAUUUUUGGAUAUGAUAUUUUUAAAAUAUUUUUGGGCCAUUGAAGCAUCCACCUUAUUCUAUUGAAUGAUAUCUUCUCAGAUAUCAAUCAAUCGAUAAAAGAUUGAAUGAUAUCACGUCAGAUAAA